CCUCAAACACGCCGUUAACUUCCUACAUGUACGCGCGCUCGCUCACUUCCUACAUCGUCGAACAAGUCGCCUUUUGAGAUCCGCAGGCGGAGUGCGCGCGCGCUUUGCUCGCUUUUGCAGACGGACCCGCCGCUCGCGCUGGGCUUUAACGACCCUAAAAAGCAGAGUAUGUUAGGAGAUUGCUGAAGUCGACCCGGUAGAUUUGAGUGCUCCAAUUCUCCAGCAUGCAGACCAUCAAGUGUGUGGUUGUAGGAGAUGGUGCGGUAGGGAAAACCUGCCUGCUCAUCUCUUACACCACUGGGGCCUUCCCCAAAGAGUACAUCCCAACCGUGUUUGACAACUACAGCUCUCAAGUGAGCGUGGACGGCCGGACCAUCAGCCUCAACCUGUGGGACACGGCGGGACAAGAGGAAUACGACCGUCUGCGCACGCUCUCCUACCCUCAGACCAAUGUGUUCGUUAUCUGCUUCUCUAUCUCCAGCCCGCCAUCCUACGAAAACAUCAAGCACAAAUGGCAUCCAGAGGUGACGCACCACUGCCCCAACGUACCCAUUCUCCUCGUGGGCACCAAGAGUGACCUGCGCAACGACCCUGAGGUGCAGAAGAAGCUGAAAGAUCAGAACCAGGCGCCCAUAACGCCGCAGCAGGGCCAAGCACUCGCCCGCCAAAUCCACGCGAUCAAGUACAUGGAGUGCUCAGCGCUCAGUCAGGAGGGCAUCAAGGACGUGUUCACCGAGGCCGUGCGUGCCUUUCUCAACCCACAGCCCGCCUCACCCAAAAAAUUCCACUGCACUCUCCUCUGAAAAUCGAACACCUGAGAAAUAUGCUGAGAAUAUAAUAUUAUUAUUUUUAUUAUAACAAGAAAUGUAUAAAAAGGAAUCAGUCUUUUUGGAAACAGAUUGCAGAACGAAUCAUGAGCCGGUUGGCUGUGAAAAUAGUCAUUAAUACUAUACAACUGAACAAACAGACAGGAAACAAGCAUCGUCAGUUAGUUGGCACACACAAUAUUUUUGCUAAUCUUAAUCACAAAAGAGGAUACGUGAUUCUGGAGUUUAUAUCCAUGAAUGUGUUUAUGCCUCAUUCUAAAAAGAAAUUUACACAGUUUUCCCUUUACCACAACUGUAUAACAAAUCAAGUCUGUUGCACAUUGGUUUGUCAUGACGAUGAAAUUUGAUAUGAAUUGCCAUUUCAGUUAACCUUAAACCACCCUUCGGCUUAACUGUAAUCUAAUUAUACACAAAUCCAGCAAAUCAGAUCAGAUUUCACAACAAAUGUGAAAGGAAGACCUGGCAAAAAAAAGAAAGAAAGACACAGUAAUAAAUAAAAUAUUGUUAAAUCCACAAAUACACUAUAGCAGCAAUUAUGUCAAACUAAUGUACUAUUAUAUAUUAAUGUACUAAAUAUUUCGAUCUGCAGCAUAUUUAAACUAAGCUAUACUAAUGCCUUUGACUGAGAAUGAUUAUAAUACAGUAGUGAAUUUGGUUAUAUUGGUGAUCUAUCUAAGAAAAAAAAAAUGUGGGUUUAUAUCUUAAAUAAUCAAAAUGAUUUUCACCAAUUAGGCAAUUAUAAAGUUAUUAAGGAAUCCAACAAGACAAAGCAUAUAAAUUUAAUAAAUUAUAAACAAUUAUGGGUCUAUUGUUUUCCUAUAAUAGCACAUGCUGAACUAUUUAUUUCCUCUUGUACCACAAUAUAUUUUAUAUUCAUAAAAAGAUGCACAUAUUAAUUACCAUACUUUAUACAACUGUGUAUACUUCUCAGUCCUCAAGACUAUUACAAAGUGCUGACUGCUUCCAGAAAUGCUAAAUAAACCUAAACAAAAACAAAGAAUCAAUUUCUGUAGGUCCUGCCAUACAAAUUCUAGUGUAAGUUAAUACUUAUAAAUACUUAUAAAAUAAAAUGUCAACAGAUCUAAUAUACACCAUAUUGAACAAAAUGUAACAUUUGUUUAGAAUUGAGCAGCAAUACACAAAACAGUGUGGUGUAACACUUCAUAAUUUCUAAUCUAUUUUAUAAUUUUUUUAAAGUAAAAUAAACAUGAUAUAAUUAUGAGGGAAAUGUUGUAGCAUGUCUUGGCUGAUAAACUACAUUUGAAGUAAAGGGAAAAAUGUGUGAAUUUAACUUUUGGAGAUUCGUUGAUUAAUGUCUAAUUGAAUAUACUAUUAAAUAUAUGCAGUUAACACUGUUGUGCAAACAAGGGCAUGACUUUACAGGUUAUUUGAGCACAUAUAUAAAACAGAUUUCACUGAGCUACAGGAUUUCAGCUCGUAGAGAGUACAUCUAAGGUCAUUUGGCUUCUCUGUGCAGGUAGAGAUCAGACAUAAACGCAGCAUGUUUCUGCACCAGCAGCUGCAGGCAUUGCAGUGCAGGGAAACCUCAGUUCUGCAUUGACCACACUACCCCGUUACUUCAAUCUGAUUGGAGGAAACAUGCAUCUUGGCAGUCUAUUCAGGAAGCAAAGGCUCCAGUAGACAUCACACUCUAUUCUCAUUUACUGUUUUCCAGCAGGAAAGGGUGGGGCUUUUGGUGCAAAACAGCGCAAAUUAGAAAAUGUGUCACUUUCAGCACUUGAUGACUGAACUGAAAUCAACGUGCAAUAUUUUUUUAUGAAUUGGUUAUAUUGAAUAUUUGUAAAGCCCCCAAGAACAUAUAUUAUCUAAUAGUCGUAUCAACCCUAUUCCAUACCCCUAGUCUACCUGACAUUCCAGUAUGAGUGGAAAAUUUGGGCAAUUUAUAAUUUACCAAUGGUUAUUGGCUUGAUCAUUUGUUUGUCUAUAGUCAUGAACUCUCCUGCUGGAAAUAAACAGCACAAAAACCCUGUAACAAACAUUUUAGGAGUCAGUCGAAGAGCUUUCAGUUCCCUGGAAAGAUAUAAAUUCAUCAGCAAUCCUUGGAGCCAGAACACAAAGGAAGUUUCAUCAGGUUACUGACAGUCUCUCACAUCCUUCACCAAACCGUCCUUUUCAUCACAGGUGAGAGACACACCUCAGUGUAGAUCCACUUCUUAUCCAUGUACCUUAGUUACGUAUACCUCACGUCAAAAGAUCUGAAAAGGGCCCUGUAUCUUGUGAAUUUUGAUUUGUUUGAUUAUAAGCUGAAUAUACAUCAGGAUGAGUGCUUGAGGUUCAAAAGCAUGUUAGGCGCAUUCUGCACGCAACAUACCACUGCUCAUGAUUUCAUAUGCAUUUGUUAAAACAAUGUUACUGAGAUUUUUCACACAUGUUCCUCAUAUUUCAGACUAUUUAAUGAUGAUAGAUUACUAUGAUUUUUAUGUAAAAUUAGGCAUUAUGGUCAUUUUUAAGGUACCUUGAUCUUGAGGUGGGGGGCUUUGGGGGUUACAUUCAAAAGUAACAGGCAUUGUUAUCAAAAAGAGUUGAAUUGAAUACAGAAACAUAUUUAUAAUACCUAAUAACAUUUCUUAAUAUAUGGAUAAUCUAUCUAAAAAUAAGCAUGUAUGAUGUCUGCCAUUCAAAAUUGAAACAUCCAAUGUAGGGAAAUAAAUAUUGAGAUUGAAUCAUUUUUUUAUGCUUAAUCAAAGUAAGGUGUGUGUGUGAGUGGCACAACCUGGCCACAAAUUGCGCAUGAAUCUUGGCCAAGUGAAAUUCAAAAUGCAGGAUUGAGCUCAGUGUCGUUGGGUCACAAGAUAAACAAGAGAAGAAAAGCCUGUCCCACCUCUUCAGUCGCAGAGGGACAUUUUGUGCUGAUCCACAGGAAGUAAUCUUCCUCCUGGAAACAGUAGAAUUGAGGAAGGGUUUAUAUUUACGCAACCCCCCUACAUGCACACAUCCUCCACCGAGCCUGUCUGUUUUCCACCACAUCCCCCGGCAUCAGACACCAAUCUUUAUAACAACAAAGAAUACUAAGUUAGAGUGUCAUGAUUGUUUCUCAAUAUAUUCAUCUCGUGUAAACUGUUUUAGCAGUUUGUAAUUUAUUUUCCUAAAUUACUGACUAUGUAUUUGUUCAGAAUGUGUUAUAAUGCAAAUAAACACAGCUUCCAUGCCA